AUGCGGCUUCUCGCAAAUCGUUCGUUAUUGCACGCGGCACGGCUGCUUUCAGCUAGGAGUUUAGCAACACAGGCUACACCAGCUGCAACACAACCAGAUCAAAAAUGGGAUCUAUAUGCAGGAGUGCUGGUAGAGCGAUUACCCAUCGUUACGAAAACACUCGAACCCAUAGAGGCAAAAUUUAAGCAAAUGCUGAAUCAAAUGGAGCUAGAAAAAAGCCUUAAAUCCAACCACGAACUUCGCAAAGAAACCGAGAAACAACAGCUGGAGCUGCUGAAAGCGGGCAAGAUAGAUCUGGAUUCGGAAACACUAAAACAAACCGCCCAAGAUUUGGAGGACGCUUACAACGAAGAAUUCGCACGGUUUCAACCUGCACCUCGUGUCACGGAAGCAGACCAAAAGAACGAUAUUCGAUCGCUGGACCGCAAACUGGAGGAAACACUUGUGCUUUUGGUGGAGCAAAAGCUAGGCACCAAGAGCCAUUAUCUACUGCCGCAAGGCCUUCACCGGAAGGGAGAAUCCAUGCGCCAAACUGCCGAACGUACGUUGAAGGACUAUUGUGGUGAUUAUCUGCAAGUUACGUUUUACGGUAAUGCACCAGUCGGUUUCUACAAGUACAAAUAUCCUGCGAAUGCGCGUACCGAAGCGACAGGUGCAAAAGUAUUUUUCUUCCGUAGUGUUCUGAAGGAAACGAGUGGAAACAUUGCCAGCAGUAAGGUUAAGUACCAGUGGCUCAGUCAGGAGGAGUUGAAAAAGCAGUUACAGCAAUCGUACUACCAAAGCGUCUCCCAGUUUCUGCUGUAA